GUCACAUAGCUUGCAACCUCACUUUCCCAUCCACGCAUAAACUCAAACUUCAAACACACAAUGGCAACCAUUCAUCUAACGCUAGCUCCUCUCCUCCUCCUCCUCGCCGCCAUCUUCCUCUCCACGGAGGUAACUGCUCAGCCCGCCGCUCCUGCUCCUGGCCCUACCGGUCCCAUCAACAUCACAGCGAUCCUAGAAAAAGGCGGUCAGUUUGUUACUUUUAUCCGUCUUCUAAACACAACUCAAAUCGGAAGCCAAAUCAACAUCCAAAUCAACAGUUCAUCAGAAGGCAUGACCGUAUUCGCACCAACGGACAACGCUUUCCAAAACCUUAAACCGGGAGCCCUAAACAAGUUAAGCCCGGACGACCAAGUCAAGCUCAUUCUUUACCAUGUUAGUCCCAAGUUCUACACAAUGGAUGAUCUUCUCUCCGUAAGCAACCCUGUCAGAACACAAGCUACUGGUCGAGACGGUGGAGCGGUUUACGGACUUAACUUCACCGGUCAAGGGAACCAAGUGAACGUGUCGACAGGCGUCAUCGAGACACGUGUCAGUAAUGCACUAAGAAAAGAACGUCCACUUGCGGUUUACGUGGUGGACAUGGUAUUGUUGCCUGAAGAGAUGUUUGGAGACCGCAAGAAGAUCUCACCGGUGGCGCCUGCUCCAAAAUCCAAAUCUCCUGCUGUCUCUGAUGACUCAUCAGACGACUCCUCUAAGAAAGCGGCGGUUCCGUCCCAGAAGUCUGGCUCCGGUGAGAUGAAGGCUGGAUUAGGCUUUGGUCUUGGAUUUAUUCUCUUAUGUUUAAAAUUCAUUGUUUAAUUGUGCUGCUUUAUUUUUUUAUUUAAUUGUGUGGGUUGUGUAAUAAGAAACUUGUGUAUUGAAUAUGAUGUAUCAUGCUGCAUGGAUUGAAAACUGAAAUAAGAUUUUUUUUU